AACAAUACUCGCGAAAAGACUUCUGCACCGAAUUCUGAGACACACGCACGGCAUCGCACCCGAUUGGGAGUGGAAGCGCCCAUCCAAGCAACCUGGCGCUCGGGCCAGCAUGGAAGGCCCUGUGCACACCUGCAGUCCUUCAUUCUCGCUUACCUCUAUUGACUUAAGGGUGCCGAUAGUAGCGGCCCCUAACGGCCCGGCGACGGCUUUUUGUGAACUCACGCGAGCACGGCCCGGUGCCUCCAGGCCGGGCCCAGCAACAGCUUCGCUCAGAGAGGCUGCUUCAUCAUCAUCGAACUUCUUCGCCCGGGCACGCAUUGUUCCGCGUCUGUCUUGUGUCAGGUCCUGGCCUGUUUCAGCACAGCUUCUGGUUUGCAAGUCGAUGACAUCUGAUGGAGCGACUGCUGAAGUAACAGCAAAAGCAUUAAGUUGCGCGGGCCCCACAGGACACCUGGGGCGCGGAGCCGUCGGCACGGAACGACUGAAGGAGCACCCGGAACGCCGCGAGGUUCUCGCGGCAGAGGGUAUGGACGUCGCUGACCACCCUGACCACGCUGACCGCCGCCAGGACCGGCCUGCACACAGCCGCAGCCGCAGCCCCCGUCUUCCCCGGCACAAGGACCAAAGCGGCGCAGACCACGCGCCAGGCUUGCAAUCUGGCCAUGGGCACACCAUCGGACUUGGCCCCUCCGGCGCCGCGGCGGAGUCCUUCGGGGGCCGCGGCGACGACGACGACGACGACGGGGAUGGGGCUAAGCGGCAGCUUCGCGCAGCAGGCACAGCCGCGCACGACCAGCCCGACCUGCAUGACAGCAGGCGGCGCAGCAGCGGCAGCGGGGGCCGCACCCACUCCCGCUCACGGUCGCGUUCCCUGUCACGAGACGGCGCGGCAGGCGCUGCUAGCGGUGGUGAGGACCGCAAGCUUGGGCUGCACAGGGAGACAGAUCGGGAGCGGGUGUCGAAGCGGCGGGAAGAUCAGGAGCAUGAGGAGGAGGGCGGCAGCGAGGGCCCGGAGCGGCGCGGCCAUAAACGUGACCAGCCCGACCGCCGCGGCAGCCGCAGCCGCAGCCGCAGCGGAAGCUUGGGCCGCGAGCGGGAGCAGGAGCGGGAGCGGGAGAGGGAGCGGAGUCACGUCAGGGACCGGGACCAAGAGACGCAGCGGGGCCGGGAGAGGGAGAGGGAGAGGGACCUUGAGCGGGACAGGGCGCCCAAGCGGCCGCACGCAGAGGCUACGCUCAACGGCCGCGCUGCGGCGCCAGCGCCGGCGGGAGCCGCAGAUGCUAGGGCCGCCGCCGGUCACAGGGUGUCGGGCGGCGGCGCAGGCGCCCCGGGAGCGCACGCGGCGGCGCCGAGCCACAGCCGGCUGCUGGUCAGCUUCUCAGACGAGCUAAAUGAGGAAGGCGGGCUGGGCGACGGCGGCGCGGGCGGCGGCGGGCGGCGCCGCAGCAAUGGCGGCGGCGGCAUGGGCUACGGCGGCGGUAACAUCAACCUCAGCAGCCUCACCACCGCCGCGCCCGGCGUGGGCAUGGGCGGUGGGCCGAUGCUCAUCCCGACGCGCACCAUCACCACAGCGGGCGGUGGCGGCGGCUCCGCCGGCGGCGGCGCCGCCGGCCUGGCGGCGCAGUUCUCUGGCUUUGGCGGCGGCGCGGCGGCAGCGGCGGCGCCGCCGCCGCUGCAUGGCUCCGUCGGCCCAUAUCACCACAGCAGCAUUGUGGGCGGCGGCGGCACGGCGGCGGCGGCUGUGGCCGGCAUGGCGACUGAGGCGGCGGCGGUGCUGGGGUCGCCGCUGGUGCUUGGCGGUGGCGGGCACCGCGCGGGAGGAGACGAGCUGGGGGCCGUCGCGGGCGGCAGUCCGCCGCGGUCGCCACCGGGUGGUGGCGGCGGCGGGCGCACGUUAGGGCGUGUUCUGUUUGGCGUGUCGACGGCCCGCUGCCUGCGCCCCUACAUGGAGGACCGGCACGCAGUGGUGCAGUCGCUGCAGCCGCUGGCGGCCAGCGGCGCGCCACUGCCUGCAGACGGCGUGCCGCGCUGCCUGGCCGCCAUCUACGACGGCCACAACGGCACGCGCGCCGCCGACACCGCCGCCUCGCGCCUGCACAUGCUGCUGGCGGCGGACGCCGCGCUGCGCAGCCACACGGGCGAGCUGGGCCCGCCGGCGGCCAUGGCUGCUGAGGAGGAGGCAGUGGCGGGGGCUCUGCGGCGAGUGUUCAGGCGGCUGGACGACGACAUCCUGGCUGAGGCGCGGCGCGACGGCGCUCGGGACGGCGCCACCGCGCUGCUGGUGAUGCGGCUGGCGGACACGCUGUACGCGGCACACGCGGGCGACUCUCGCGCGGUGCUGUCCCGCCGCGGCGCCGCGCUGCGCCUCACCGAGGACCACAAGCCCAACCUGCCGCACGAGCGCCGCCGAGUGGAGGCCGCGGGCGGGCGCGUGGACUUCCAGCGCUGCUGGCGCGUCAUUGUGGAGCCGCGGGAGGGGCGGCUGGGCUCGGGCCUGGCGGCUCGCGCCGUGCGCGCCCUGCACGGCGCCGGCGCCGCUGCCUCCCCCAUGGCCUCCUUUGCUGCCAACACCUCCCCCGGCGCCCAGCAGCAGCAGCAGCAGCAGCAGCACGGCGGGGGCGGCAGUAGCAGCCCGCUGCGGCCACACCCGGGCCCGCGGCCGCACCAGCUGCCGCCGCCCGGGUACGUGUACCGGGAGGAGGACGCGCGGGCGGCGGCGGAUGCGCUGCUGGAGGCUGCGGUGCGGCGCGGCACUGCUGACAACGUCACGGUCAUUGUCAUGCUGCUGCAGUGGGACUGAUGCGGCUGAUGGGGCUGAUGCGACUGCUGGGGGGGGCUGCGGAGACGGGUGGGAUGGAUGGGGCUGAGGAGAGGGCGUGGUUUGGCUGGCGGCACAGGGCGGCACCUGUCUCAGGCGCGGGCGCCUGUGUGUGUUUGUUGCGCUGCGGGUGCCGUAGGGGCAACGGACGCGACACACAGGAAGGGCUUGGAGGUUUGGCGGUCCGGGUGCGGGACCUGCAAUGCGGCUACAAAGGCCGUGUGUGUGUGUGUGUGUGUGUGUGUGUGUGUGUGUGCGUGUGUGUGUGUGUGUUAAAAAACGAAACGAAAGCCCGCCCAGACGCGUGUGUGUGUGUGUGUGUGCGUGUGUGUGUGUGUGUGUGUGUGUGUGUGUGUUUGUGCGUGUUUCUAUGGUGGCUGUGUGGGGCUCGCUCGGUCAGGGGCCCCGGCGAGGGCUACUAGCACUCUCCGGUGGCCGUCGCGGCCAAGUGGCUCGGAGAAGUGGAGAAUCUGCCGCCGCUUGCUUGUUAUGAAACCGAAGUUCAAAAGAAUUUGAUGCUAGGCGUGCUGCUGUCAGCCUUUAGUACGGAACGAGGAUGAGUCGGCAGACCCAGGUGGGCCGUACGUGAACCGACCAAGAAAGGAAUGCACAUGUGCAUCUCAGCAUCGUUCAGAGAAGGGGACUCCUGUUCUGACGCUAGUAGAAUGUUCCGCAGAGUGUUGCGGUGUUGAAGGUUGCAGUGUGUGUCGCCCCGAUUGGACGGGGCUCUGGUGACUGGUUUGGAGUUUAGUUUCAGUCUAGCAACGGUUUUGCGUUUGGCAGGGCCGUGCGGGGAACGAGGCGUCUCCAAGGCUGCCCCAAGCCGUCAUCGGCAAUGCCAAUCAUGUCAUGCGCAGGUAUGCCGAUCCGUCUGGCUUUGUCAUCAAUCGGGAGUGUCAGCAGCCCGCCCGGCGGUUAUGUGGUUGUACGUACUGCCAGGGACCCGGUGUCGUGGGCGGUGGCCCCACCGCAUCGGGCGCAUGCUCUUGUGCCUUAAAGAGUUACACGCAUGGAGUUUUGAUGGCUGUGUGUGUGUGUGCUGCAGCAUUGCCUCCGGUCGCCGCGCGCGGUUUGGGGUGGCGCGUGUGUACAAUGUGAGAGUGAGCUUGCAUGGAGGGAGAGGGGGAAACAGAGGGGGCGCUCAUGGGGGCCAGGCGCAAGGGCGUGAGCCGCCUGUCAGUUCAGAUGCGGGGUUGGAAGGGCAGGCGUGCGGACAUGUUUAGGUUAAGCACUUGCCGUCUGGGCAAGGACCGGGGGUGGAUUGGUGAGUCAGCUAGCUCUAGUGCCCUACACCGUACCCGGCCUGUGUAUGGUCCUUGGGGUCAUCCCUAAACAGUGUUGGAGCGCCGCGGGGCUGAGUGUUGGAGCGCCGCGGGCUACGGCCGCAUGAGCGCCCGCAGUUAGGCUCGAUCCAUGUCGCUGUGUAAAGGUUCGCUGGU